AUGUACCUUAAAGUUCCAGGGAUAAAUGAACAGCUGGAAGAGACAAAAUUCGAGCUUCGCGAGCUCUGCGGGAAAAUCAAGACAUUAAGCCAACUCGAUAAUCUUGAGUAUAGGGACUGGAUCCUCAAGCUUUUGGGCUCGAUACCUCGGGAAUUCAAUGAGAUGGUUCAUCAUGGUGUCGAACCGUUCACCAACUCAGAACUGAACACGAAGCUGCUUAACAAGCUCUCUGUACAGCUAAAAGAGCUGAAAUGGAAAUACAAUCAUAACCUUAUCGAACUUCGAACCACCGUAGAAAAGGUGAUAGUGCUGGAAGAUAAAGUCAAUGCACAACUGCUUGGCGAAUACCACCCAAGGCUGGAAAGACCAUGGAUAUCGAGCCCACGAGUGAACUAUUAUUUCCUUCAAUACGUCAGGCCCUUGUUGGGAAAAUUUCUCUCGUUAUUUCUAAUUGUGCUCUCUGCUGUCGUUGUGGAAUCGGAAACGUUUCAUGGCUUCCAAUUCUCUCUGAUCAAGCGUUUGAUUGCUACCAUCACAAAAAAUGCUACCAAGAUAUACGUUCAGAUAUUCGCUGUUUGCUUUCUGAUUCUGACAUACAUGCUCAUUUGCGCCAUCCUAUCACUGUCGCAGGUCAAAGUCUUCAACGUCUACCACAUCCAGUCCAACCAGUCGUCUGAUCCGGUGUCGAUGAUCUUUUUCAUCAGCUAUGCAUGCCGUCUGACCAUCCCAUUGAGUUACAACUUUCUAAUGCUGCUGGACACAAAAUUCACAAUCAAUUCCUCGUUCCAGCUCUUUUUUGGCAACUCAAUCCAGCUUAUCGCCUUGGGUAACUUCCUCAAUGACCUGCUACCUCGGCUGAUCGUCAUCCCUAUACUGCUUACCAUGUUCAGGUUCUGGGAAAAGGCAAAAGCCUGGCUCUCAAGUGUUUUCCUGUUUGAUUACCUAAUGAGCGAGCUGGAUUUUGAGGACGACGAUCUCGACGCCGCGGACAACACUGGGGAUAUUGAAGGGCGGCCAGGAUCACAGGUAACGCGGGAGAACGCGCGGGUUCACGAAAGCAAACAGAUCAUACAGCGUCUUCUCAAUACGGACCAACGCUUUUCGAGCACCCCAAUCAGGCCGUUGACUCUCUCGAAUAACCCAGUGUCUCGCGAGCCACCGCUUACGCCUUUACGCGGUCUUGCUAGCCGCCUGUUGUCCUUGUUGCACUUACGCAGAUCGGCUUCUCUAUAUGAAGGAUUGAGAACAUACAACCUGAGUUUGGGCGCCGAUAACGGCAGCAGACGAACUAGCACCGACACAGGCAUCUCGCUCAACACCAACAUCUCAUUCGACAAUGACAACCGACUUCUUCGAGACGACGAUAUUAUGCUUAUUGACGAGGACGACGUCUCGGAGAUAUGA